GUUUGAUUAUUAAUGGUGUUUGCUCUCGAAUAGGAAGUUCAUUUAUUUCAGUUUGCAAUCUAGUGUGGCCAAACUGGGAAUGGGAGGAAGGUGGGGGAAGAUUUACUCCUUACUUUCUUGAUUAGCUUUCACCACUUCCCUGCUUCAGCUGUAGUUCUUGCAGUUAGAUUGAGAUUUGUGCUUUUUCUUUAGGUGAAAGCUUCAGUUUUGUCCUUUAUUGUCUUUCCAACUUGGGUUGAGUGCAAAUCAAGCCUUGGAAAUGGCUGAUGUGUUAUGUAAGUUUGAUCAAGUGGGAGUUAAUUAGUUAUUUGGUGAGAUGAAAAUGGUCAAUCAGUUUGAUUUUCCACUAUUUCUUUGAAUUAAGUAUAGCUACUGGUGUAGUGAGUUCGAGUUGCCUGAACAUUUUGCUUGCUUGAGAAUGAGGGAGUUUUGCGAAUGGAUGGUGCAGAUUUAUCUCCCUUUGGAAAAAUGAGGAUGGUGGAGCUUUUGUGUACACUACUAGUUGUUCUACUAUCACUCUUGAUAAAUGGGGAAGCUGAGGUUUACAUGGUAAUGAUGGAGGAUGAGCCAGUCAUAAGCUAUAGAGGAGGCAUUCCUGGGUUUGAGGCAACUGCUGUGGAAUCCGAUGAAAAGAUCGACACGACUAGUGAGGUGGUUGCAUCAUAUGCGAAGCACCUCGAGGAGAAGCAUGAUAUGCUUCUCGAUAUGCUGUUUGAUAGUGAAACAUAUCAGAAACUUUAUAGCUAUCGACAUCUUAUCAAUGGCUUCUCGGUUCAUAUGCCACCAGAACAGGUAGAAACCUUAAGGCGUGCCCCUGGCGUGAUAUCUGUGGAGAGAGAUUGGAAAGUUCAUAGACUCACAACACACACCCCACAGUUUUUGGGCCUUCCUACUGGAGUUUGGCCAACCGGGGGUGGCUUUGACAGAGCUGGGGAAGACAUUGUGAUUGGCUUUGUGGACUCCGGCAUUUAUCCUCAUCACCCGAGCUUUUCAACUCACCAUGCUGAUCCAUAUAGACCACUCCCAAAGUACAAGGGGAAAUGUGAGAUUGAUCCACAGACCAAGAGUAAAUUCUGCAAUGGAAAGAUUAUUGGAGCCCAGCAUUUCGCUGAAGCUGCCAAAGCUGCUGGUGUCUUCAAUCCUGCAAUCGAUUUCGCAUCUCCCCUAGAUGGUGAUGGACAUGGAAGUCACAUAGCAGCCAUUGCAGCUGGAAACAAUGGCAUUCCCGUGAGAAUGCACGGUCAUGAGUUUGGAAAAGCAAGUGGGAUGGCUCCUCGUGCUAGAAUUGCGGUGUACAAAGCUCUAUACCGGCUCUUUGGAGGGUUCAUUGCUGAUGUAGUGGCUGCAAUUGAUCAGGCUGUCUAUGAUGGAGUGGAUAUACUUAGCCUUUCGUUAGGUCCGAACAGUCCACCAGCAACAACCAAGACAACGUAUCUAAACCCCUUCGAUGCUACCCUUUUGGCAGCUGUUAAAGCUGGUGUAUUUGUUGCUCAAGCGGCAGGAAAUGGAGGUCCAUUUCCUAAAACGAUGGUCUCUUAUAGCCCUUGGAUAACAUCCGUAGCAGCUGCCAUUGAUGACAGGAGAUACAAGAACCACCUUACUCUUGGAAAUGGAAAAAUCUUGCCUGGAAUGGGUUUGUCACCCUCCACGCGUCUGAACCAGACAUAUCCCUUAGUUUUUGCCAACGAUGUCUUGCUAGACUCUUCAGUUUUGAAGUACAAUCCUUCUGAUUGCCAGAGACCCGAGUUGCUGAACAAGAAGUUGGUUGAAGGGAAAAUCCUCCUUUGUGGCUAUUCCUUCAGCUUCGUUUCUGGCACCGCAUCAAUAAAAAAGGUCUCCGAGACUGCCAAGAAACUCGGAGCAGCUGGAUUUGUUCUUGCUGUGGAAAACAGUACUCCAGGAGCGAAGUAUGAUCCUGUUCCAGUUUGUACACCUGGGAUUGUCAUCACUGAUGCAACCAAAUCGGCGGAUCUAAUUGACUACUACAACAUAUCUACACCCAGAGAUUGGACUGGCAGAGUGAAGAGCUUCAAUGCUAUUGGAAGCAUUGGAGAUGGGUUGAUGGCUAUACUUCACAAAUCAGCUCCUCAGGUUGCAUUGUUCUCUGCUCGAGGACCAAACAUCAAAGAUUUCAGCUUUGGAGAUGCUGAUCUUCUGAAGCCAGACAUUUUAGCUCCCGGGUCUCUCAUUUGGGCUGCAUGGUCACCUAAUGGAACAGAUGAAGCAAAUUUUAUGGGUAGGUUGAUUGUGACUUCAUUUUACUAUGAAAGGUGGUAUUUUUGUACGAGGGUUGCUCCUGAUUCUGGAAAGUUUCUGACGAUGUUCUGGUUUUGUUUACCUGAUCAUGGUAUCACUGUGGUUGGAGAAGGAUUUGCAAUGAUGUCUGGAACUAGCAUGGCUGCACCCCACAUAGCUGGAAUAGCUGCUCUCAUAAAGCAGAAACACCGCAAGUGGAGCCCUGCCGCGAUUAAGUCAGCCCUAAUGACGACAUCCACAGAACUGGACAGAGCAGGAAGGCCUCUUCAAGCACAGCAGUACUCGGAAACAGAAGCCAUGAAGCUUGUUCGUGCCACCCCUUUCGACUAUGGAAGUGGUCAUGUCAAUCCGAGGGCUGCUCUCGAUCCUGGACUCGUCUUUGAUGCAGGGUACACGGAUUACUUGGGGUUCUUGUGCACCACUCCUGGCAUCAACGUCCACGAGAUACGAAACUUCACGAACAUGCGCUGCAACUACACCAUGGGCCACCCAUCCAACCUCAACUCGCCAUCUAUCACAGUGUCCCGCCUGGUGAAGACCUUCACCGUGACUCGCACAGUGACGAAUGUAGCUGAUGAGGAAGAGACCUACGUGAUCACUGCUAGAAUGGAGCCAGCGAUCGCCAUUGAGGUCAAGCCCUCAGCCAUGACUCUGAGGCGUGGUGCUUCGAGGAAGUUUACUGUGAGCUUAACCGUUCGAUCGGUGACUGGAGGGUACAGUUUUGGGAAGGUGACGAUGAAGGGCAGCCGUGGCCAUAGAGUGAGAAUCCCAGUUGUAGCAAUGGGAUACUGGCGAUAGAAUAAAGGGAAAUGCGAGUUUGGUUGGUUGGUUGGAUGGCUGAUGAGUUACGAAUCAGAAUUCAGUGUUCUUAAUUAUGGUCUGGUUUGGUUGGUUGGAGGUUGAGAUGAUAUAAUUCUUUUGUAUGUUGUACCAUUUGGUAAUAAUAAAGAAUAAGAGGGAGUUAGUUAGGAAGAUGUUUAUAUAUCAAGUACCAUAUUAUCAUUUAUUAUCUAUUAUUGCUAGUAGUUCUGUUGAGGGAGCUAGAUGUAAACAGAACAUAAAGGUGGUACCUUUAAGUUUUGACAAUUUGGUGCCUAAUUUCUAUAUUUUACACUUUUGUGGCAUGAAAGUAGAAUUGAAGUAAUUAGAUUAACAGUGGACUUU